AUGGGAGGACCGAGAACUCAAACUGAUUCAGGAAGCAGAUCGUCAAGCUCAUUCAUUUUACAAGAUGAUCAAGAUGGCUUUUCACCAACCUCAUCAAACGCACUGGUACUCGUCCAAAACGCACCAAUUGUCUCGUCCUACAAUGAGAGAAUCCGCCCCAUUCUUGAUGCCAUUGACAAGCUCCGCAGCCUCAUGGUUAUGGAGGAAGGCAUUCAGCUCCCCACCAUUGUUGUUGUGGGAGACCAGUCAUCUGGAAAAUCCAGCGUUCUUGAGUCCCUCGCCGGCAUCAGCCUACCGCGUGGACGGGGAAAUUUUUAUCCUCUGUUCCUUCCUAGAUCUCUAAUUCACGACACUGGGGGUGAUGAGCUCAACAAAAUGCCUAAAAAGCUGUUAUCUGUUGCUGAGGCCAUGACUGCUGUUAUGCAGAUCAUUGGAACAUCCAAAGAAUCACUUAAGAAAAUUCUUGUGACGGGAGAAUUUGAUGAGUUCCCGGAUGACAAACACAUGCAUUGCAAGGCUAGGCUUGUUGAGAUGCUCAAUAAGUGCUCAGAUCAGCUUCACGAGUGCAAUGUGAGUGACCCCAAAAGUAAUUUCUUAAAGGAGGAGAUUGCAAUUUUGGAGGAGGCAAAAGGUAUAACCCUUCCCAAUUUUGUUCCGCACAAUGCUUUUCUUUUAGUCUUGCAGGGUAAAGUUAAGGGGAUUUCGAGCAUACCUAUUGAGUUUGUUGAGCAGGUUUGGAGUUAUAUUGAGGAUGUGGUUUCGUCUGUGUUAAUGAGAAAUACAGAAAACUAUUACCAUGUUCAAUUGUCUGCCAGAAGAGCAGGCCAUAAUCUUAUUGAAAAGAUGAAAGAAAGAUCGAUUAAUUGGAUGACGGAGAUAGUGGAAAUGGAGAAACUAACUGAUUAUACAUGUAAUCCGGAAUAUCUAUCCGAAUGGCAUAGGCUCAUGACUGAACAAGAAACAUUCAUCCAAAAGGUCUUGCGUGACGCUGAGAUAAACAUAAAUGUAAAGGGAAUUGGGAUGGUUGAAGUUGGAGGUCUAAGGAAGUACACACAUAUCCUGUUGUCUCAAGCUUUCGACUUGAAAAUGCGGAUGACUGCGUAUUGGAAUAUUGUGCUGAGAAGGUUGAUUGAUAUCAUGGGUUUGCAUUUGCAGCUGAGUGUUUCAAACCUUGUGAACAAGGACCUGGAGAUGGAGAUUAUGAAUGAGCUACUGGGACCUAACCAUGGUGGUGGGAUUGAGAGGAUGCUGGAGGAACCUUCAUCAAUGGCAGUGAAGCGCCAGAAGCUCAUCAAGAGCAUCAAAAAGCUGAAGGAGUCUAAAGAGGUUGUGUGUAAGAUCAUGGACGACAGGUUUACUUACGCCGAUUACCUUGUGUGAUAGAUAACUAAGGAGUCCAAUUAAAUUAUGGUAUGUUUCGUGUAAAAGAAGGCAUUUUGCCAAUGAUGUGUGGUUGAUCUGUUUGUACUUAAUUAUGGAUCUGCAUUUUGUUUAUCAUGUACCUGGUUGGUUGAUGUUCUUGUGUGGAUGAUCUGUUUCUACUUAAUUAUAAGCACAUUCUGUUUUUGUC